CACAGUGACAGACAUGGCGGAGGGAACAGAAGCUAUCAGCUGACGGAGAUAAAGUUGUGAGAGACACUUCAUGUGGUAAAGUCAAGAAAAUGUCGGAGAGUCGAGUUCCACCUAACAUUUUGUUGAAUCAACCUAGUGCAGAGGAAGACCCUGAAGCUGUGCCUCCUGGAUUUGCUAGUAAAGCGAACAUAGCGAGAAGUCACUCCGCCCCUCAGGCUGAGAACCAGUUCACGGCUUUGAGGAUGGGAGUCAAGAACAAAGGCUCUCCUUCAAGCCCAAAGAAGUUCCCACAGGGGAAUGGAACCCAAACAAUCCCCACCCUGUCUGACGGAGUUGUGCUGGUGAAUCAGGAACAAGCAGCGCUGGUCGCUGCUGAUGUACUGUCCUCGCACAAUCACCACCAGGGAGCCAGCGGCCCCGAGGGGGAUGGCUCUGUGUCACCUAUGUCACCCACACCGCUCUGUGAUGCGAACCACUCCCCUUCCUCGACAAAGCGUUACUAUGAGGCUUCUCCCAUGUAUAGUGAGGAAUCUCGGCCUGACGACGUGUGGCAGCGCAGGGAGCAGUUCGUCGCAUCUGGUCGCUCACAAGAAGUGAACUCUGAAGAGUUGGUCGAAUACGAUGCAACCACCACAGGAAACACUAUGCUUAGGUCAGAGUUGCGAGAGAGGAGGGCGAAAAAACUCAGCCAGUCCUCCAGUCAGCAAGAUGGUGAGCUUGUGAACGGUGCUCAGAGAAGUGAUGCACAAAACUCUGUGGACAGUAAGGCAGUAACAAACGGCUCGUCAGACUCUGUCAAUGGAACAUCCUCUGCUGCUGGUUCUCAGAGUUCUAACAGUUCCAUUGCUGAGUUAAGAGACGGAAUUGAAGGGGACACCCGCAGGUAUCGGAACCCACUUCGGCAAGCUCAGUCGGAGGUUCUUUUACCCAGUGAAAUGCAGAGGAAAAUGUCUCUGGCCGAUGUCAAGGAGAAAGGAUACGCUUGGCUGGAGGAGGAACUCACCAAGGCUCAAAGGGCAUUAGAACUGAAAGACGAAGAAGUGGAUGAACUGAGAGGGAUACGGGAAAGACUGAUGAAGGAAGUCAGCGACUUUACAGCCUCCCUGUUUGAGGAAGUGAAUGCUCAACUGAAUGAGGCUGCUCUCAAUGAACAGCAUGCCAAGAAACAACUUCAGGAAGCAAACACAAAGAUCGAAAUGUUGUCGGCAGAGGUGACUGCCCUGAAGGAUUUGGUGCUUACCUCCACACCUGCCAGUCCCAACAAGCACCUGCACCCGCAGAUCGACACGCAGAAAAAGGAGAAGGGAAGUAAGCCAUUCUGGAAGACGCACCGACGCUCCACCAGCCAUCACCAGUUUACCAAGGACUCCAGGGAGAAGGCAGAGGCCAACCAGCACCACUCUCACCUCAAGGAGAUGGACAAUAAUGCAUUUGAUGAGUUUGCGAGGUGGAGACUUCAGCCCAAUAUGGAUUUCUCCUGCCAGUUUUUGAACCGUGUCCAUGAAGAGGACAUUACACCCUGUCUCAACUUUAAAAAUACUCGGCUUGCAGAGAGACUGCUGGAGAGUGUGAGGAACAACAGCCUGUCUAUCGAGCCUAUCCCAGGGGACCACUCUUUUCCCCGAAAAUGUUCCUUGUCAGAAACCCACAAACUGUGCAACUUCAAGAUCAGGUUUGAGGGAGACGACGAGUGGCAUUCUAUAUCUCAGAUGUCUCGCAAUAGGAUAGCUGCUGUGUGUGACUUCUAUGCUUACACUCGCUACAUAGUUCAAGGGCUGGUGAAGAGCUCAGAUAAGGACAUGUUUGUAGAGGUUGUGAGACUGAGGAAUCAGAUGGCUCAAGCUCGCCUUGGUGUGAUCUAACUGGCUGCUCCUGAGUCUUCACCUCUGACUUUCCUCCAUUCACUGUUCCUCCCUGGGUAUUGAUGGAGAAUUUUUUACUUCUGGGGACCAAAAGAUUUGAUGGGCACCAUAUAUUUUGAGUAUUGUUUAAAUAUGAGGAAGGUGGGGGGGGG